AUGGGUAUCUAUGUGGAUGAUGAUCAAACUAUUUACAUCGUUGACACCGAUAAUCACCGUAUUGUGGAAUGGAAGUCUGAUGCAACGAGUGGUCAAGCAGUAGCUGGUGACAAUGGACAAGGAAAUCGAGCUGAUCAGUUGAAUUAUCCAAGAGAUGUGAUUGUCGAUAAAGAAACAGACAGCCUCAUCAUCUGUGAUCAAGGAAACCGACGAGUGAUGAGAUGGUCUCGCCAAAAUCGAACAAGUGGAGAAAUUAUCAUCGAUAAUAUCGAUUGUUUCGGUUUGACGAUGGAUGAUCAGAGAUUUCUCUACGUCUCUGAUCAAAAAAAACAUGAAGUAAGACGAUAUAAAAUGGGAGAAAUGAAUGAAGUAGUGGUGGCAGGUGGCAAUAAAAAAGGUGAUCGUCUCGAUCAACUCUACUGUCCCACUUUCAUCUUUGUCGAUCAAGAUUAUUCUGUUUACGUCUCAGAUUGGAAUAAUAAUCGUGUGAUGAAGUGGAAGAAAGAUACGAAAGAAGGAAUUAUUGUGGCUGGUGGUAAAGGUGAAGGAAAUGCUCUGAAUCAAUUGUCGGCGCCCAAAGGAGUGUUCGUCGAUGAGUUGGGCACAACCUAUGUGGCUGACUGGGGAAAUGACCGAGUGAUGCGUUGGUGCAAAGGAGCGACACAUGGAGAUGUGAUUGUUGGUGGAAAUGGUUCGGGAAAAGAAGCAAACCAGUUGAACUGUCCCAUAGAUUUGUCAUUCGAUCGGCAUGGCAAUCUGUAUGUCGUUGACUGUUACAAUAAGCGAGUUCAACGAUUUUCAAUUGAGUAA